AUGUCUGGCGUCGAAGGCGAAUCGCCGGAGACUCAGUCAAGUCCGCACCCCGAGUUGCAUUCGCGGAAUGCCUCAGCAGAAGACAUCCGCGAAGAAGGCCAGCAAGAUCACUCUGAGGAGCUAUCUGUCCCCGCCGACCCUACAAGUCAUGGAGUAACAAUCACAAUUGAGGAUGCCGAUGCGGACGCCGCACGCGAGGGGACACCUACAGACGAGGACGCUGCUGAUGCUGCUGAUGCUGCCUCCCAAGAUGGCACUUCAGUCGUGACCGAGUCACAGGUGGACUCUCGCCAACCUCCCAUGCCACAGGGAGAUGCAGAAGACACUUCUUUGAACACAGCUCCCCCACAAGGGUCGGAAGAGGCUUCCCAAAAUGGGGCUGGGGUCGAGGGAGACCUGCCUCAUCAGCAACAGGAUGAGGGUAUUACAGCUUCAACAUCGCAUGAAGGCGCGCCUCCAACGCGUCCAGCACGAUCCGAUUCACGAUCUACAACCAUGUCGAGACCUUCGCCAGUCAAUUCCACGGUUUUCGUGGUGAAUGCAUUGGAAACUAUUGCGGCGGCCAAGGAGGUCCGAAAGAACAAGGAAUUCGCAGACGCUGUUCAGGCAGCUUUAUCGAAUGUCAAGAGCUCGGAGCAGGCAGUCAAUCCUGAGAUAAUAUUCCGACCGUUACAGAUGGCAACCAGGUCCUUCCACGUUCCGCUGCAGGUGACGGCUUUGGACUGUAUCGGGAAGCUCAUAAGCUAUUCAUACUUUGCAUUUCCAGUCGUUGCUACCAACCAGCCGGCUGUGGCGGACACUCCUCCUCUGAUCGAGCGGGCCAUCGAAGCCAUCUGUGACUGCUUCGAAAAUGAAGCUACUCCGGUCGAGGUUCAACAACAGAUAAUCAAGUCAUUGCUAGCAGCUGUCCUAGAUGAUAAAAUCGUCGUGCAUGGUGCUGGUCUUCUCAAAGCGGUCCGACAGAUCUACAAUAUUUUCAUCUAUUCCAAGUCAAGUCAGAACCAACAAGUCGCACAGGGGUCUCUUCUCCAGAUGGUUGCAACGGUAUUCGAACGAGUCAGGGUUCGUUUGGACAUGAAGGAGGCUCGCCUACGGGAGCAUACUGGAGCCAAAUCAGACGAUGCACUGUCUGGCGAAGCUUCGAUGCUUGAGCAUGGCGAGCUGAACGGACUCAACGAACAGGCUGAGACACCAGACCAGGAAACUCCUCCUCAGCUAUCGGAGGGCUCUCCGAAGACGCAGGAAAAGUUGACUCUGCAGAGCUUCGAGAACAACAAACAUCUCGAUGAUGCUGUCGUAGCUGACAGUGCACCAACGACGGUGACGCGGGCAAGAAGAGAGCGCAAGAACACUCGCUCUUCAUCCGGACCCGUGUCUCGCCAUGAAGACCAUGAAGAUAGCGAACUCUCCCCUGAAGAUGAGGAUGACAUCUACAUCAAAGACGCCUUCCUAGUCUUUCGCUCCUUAUGCAAACUCAGCCAAAAAGUCCUAAACCACGACCAGCAGGACCUGCGGGGCCAAAACAUGCGCUCGAAGCUACUCUCUCUCCAUCUCAUUUAUCAUGUACUCAACAAUUAUACCACUGUGUUCACGUCUUCAUUCUCCAUAAUCAAAAGCAGCAACAAUGAUGAAGGUACACCCUUCUUACAAGUCGCGAAACCACAUCUGUGUCUCAGCCUGUCCCGCAACGCCGCCAGUGCGGUGUCACGAGUUUAUGAAGUCUGCUGCGAGAUUUUCUGGCUCUGUCUGAAGAAUUUGCGGGUACUCUUGAAGAAAGAACUCGAGGUUUUCUUAAAGGAGAUCUACCUUGCCGUGUUGGAGCGGCGCAGUGCUCCUCCGUUCCAGAAACAAAUGUUUCUAGACGUCCUGGAACGACUGGCAGGGGAUCCUCGCGCUCUCGUUGAGGUUUACCUCAAUUACGACUGCGAUCGGACCGCUCUGGAUAACAUGUAUCAAGAAAUCAUUGAGCACCUUUCCCGCAUUUGCAGCACGCCAGUGGUUGUCACUCCGCAGCAACAGCACCAGUAUCAAGAGCAACAGGCGAAACAGGCAACGCAAACAGCAGACUGGCAUUCCAGGGGUUCAUUACUGCCUGCACUCUCCACGACCAGUUUGAGCCACCCGAGCCCCCCUCCAUCCCCCGUGCCAAUCGAGUACACUUUGAAGCAGCAGGCGCUGCGUUGUUUAGUAGAGACUCUGAGUUCUCUAGACAACUGGUCGAGUCAUCCUGUUCCCGAUCAUAAUGAUGGGUCACGGUACCCGACCUCAAGAGCAUCAUUUGAAGACUCCCGAGAAUCCCUUGAUGACAGCGAAAGACCUCCACCUUCGCCGCGAGUUCAUGGGGGAAGUGAAUCAGGGUUCUCGACACCGGUGGCGGAAGACGAUCCAAACGAGAUCGAGAAAGUGAGAAAACGCAAAUCGGCGUUGAAUGAGGCCAUCAGGCAAUUCAACUUCAAACCCAAACGAGGCAUCAAGACUCUCAUAGCCGAGGGAUUUAUACGCAGCAACGCUCCGCAGGAUAUUGCUAAAUUUCUCUACGGCAAUGAACGGCUGGAUAAAACAACUCUUGGGGAGUAUCUUGGAGAAGGCGACGAACAUAAUAUCGCCGUUAUGCAUGCCUUUGUCGACAUGAUGGACUUCAGAAAACGACGGUUCGUUGACGCCCUGAGGCAAUUUCUGCAAAGUUUUCGAUUACCUGGAGAAGCUCAAAAGAUUGAUCGCUUUAUGCUCAAGUUCGCGGAGCGCUAUCUGAGCGGCAAUCCUAAUGCUUUCGCCAACGCCGACACUGCAUACGUCUUGGCAUACUCGGCUGUCAUGUUGAACACCGACCAGCACAGUACGAAGAUGAAAGGGCGAAGAAUGACCGUUGACGACUUCAUCAAGAACAAUCGGGGAAUUAAUGACGGUCACGACCUGCCUGCAGAGUAUCUGGCCAGCAUUUACGAGGAUAUCGCUUCCAAUGAGAUCGUCCUAGCAUCUGAACGCGAGCACGCUGCCGAGCUGGGUAUUAUUCCCGCAACGCCUUCUGCUGGAUUAGCUUCAAGGGCUGGCCAAGUAUUUGCCAACGUUGGGAGAGAUCUGCAAAAGGAAAAAUACGCACAAGCUUCUGAGGAAAUGGCAAACAAGACCGAGCAAUUAUAUCGGAGUCUCAUCAGGGCGCAGAAACGCUCUGCGGUCCGCGAAGCUCUGUCACGGUUCAUUCCAGCCACUUCCGUCAAGCACGUGGGCCCCAUGUUCAAUGUCACCUGGAUGUCAUUCCUCUCAGCAUUCUCGAGUCAGAUGCAAGAUGCACAGAACCUGGAACUUAUCAAGCAGUGCUUGGAAGGCUUCAGGCUAGCCAUCAGAAUUGCCUGUAGGUUUGACCUCGAGACGCCUAGAGUUGCCUUCGUGACGGCUCUGGCCAAGUUUACAAAUCUAAGCAAUCUCAAAGAGAUGAUGGCCAAGAACUUGGAAGCGCUGAAAGUGCUUAUCGAAGUGGCCUUGACUGAGGGCGACGGGCUGAAGAGCUCGUGGCGGGAGGUGCUAAUGUGCAUCAGCCAGCUCGAUCGAUUACAGCUGCUGUCCACGGGCAUCGAUGAGGAGGCAAUUCCUGAUGUGACCCGGGCAAGUAUACCCACGCCUUCUAACCUCAAAGACACACGCCGAAGUCGGCGGUCAAUGCAAGCUGUCAAACGUCCUAGGCCCCGGUCUUCUCACAGCUUUCGACCAGAAGUGGCGGACGAGACGAAAUCCACGGACAUGAUCCGUGGAGUCGAUCGUAUCUUCACCAACUCCUCGAAACUGUCAUCCGAAGCAAUUAUCGACUUUGUGCGGGCCUUGAGCGAGGUCAGCUGGCAAGAGAUCCAGUCUUCGGGCAACAGUGAUUCUCCACGGACCUACAGUCUUCAGAAACUCGUUGAGAUCAGCUACUACAAUAUGACGAGGGUGAGGAUAGAGUGGACGCGUAUAUGGGAAGUGCUCGGCGAACAUUUCAAUCAAGUUGGCUGUCACAACAACACGGCCGUGGUCUUCUUUGCCCUCGAUUCAUUGCGGCAGCUAUCAAUGAGGUUCAUGGAGAUUGAGGAACUGCCCGGGUUCAAAUUCCAGAAAGACUUCCUCAAGCCUUUCGAACACGUCAUGGCGAACAGCAACGCCGUGUCGGUGAAGGACAUGAUCUUGAGAUGCCUGAUCCAGAUGAUCCAAGCUCGUGGGGACAAUAUCCGAUCCGGGUGGAAAACGAUGUUUGGGGUCUUCUCUGUUGCUGCCCGCGAACAAUACGAGUCGAUUGUCAAUAUUGCAUUUGACUACACGACUCAGAUCUACAACACCCGGUUUGGCGUUGUGAUAUCCCAGGGCUCUUUUCCAGACAUGAUCGUUUGUCUCACUGAGUUCUCGAAGAACCUCAAAUUCCAGAAGAAAUCACUUCAAGCGAUCGAGCUCCUCAAGUCGACGGUUCCAAAGAUGCUGAAGACACCCGAAUGUCCUCUGUCAAGGCGGCAUAUUAAAGGGGUCCAGGCAGGAGAUUCGGACAUUGUCGCUGGGGUCAAACAGCCAACUUCUCAGACCGAGGAGGAACAGUUCUGGUACCCGGUUCUCAUAGCCUACCAGGACGUUUUGAUGACUGGGGAAGAUCUCGAAGUGCGUUCCCGAGCUCUCACCUACCUGUUCGAGACACUGAUCCGAUACGGCGGCGACUUUCCCAUCGAUUUUUGGGAUGUCCUUUGGCGCCAACUCCUCUAUCCGAUCUUUGUUGUUCUGCAGUCCAAGUCGGAAAUGUCCAAGGCUCCUAACCACGAGGAACUGUCCGUCUGGCUGUCGACGACGAUGAUCCAAGCCCUUCGAAACAUGAUUACCCUAUUCACGCACUACUUCGAGUCCCUAGAGCACAUGCUCGAUCGCUUCCUGGAUCUUCUUACCCUGUGCAUCUGCCAGGAAAAUGACACGAUUGCCCGGAUCGGCAGCAACUGUCUUCAACAGCUCAUUCUGCAGAACGUCACGAAAUUCACGCCUGAGCACUGGUCAAGGAUUGUGAUGGCGUUUGUGGAGCUGUUCAACCGAACGACUGCUUAUGAGCUGUUUUCCGCCGCCGCAACCAUGUCCGAUGCGCGACCUACGCCAACCCACGAUGGAUCCGAUGGUCUGUCCAUCUCAGGGACAACCAUCGUGAACACUGCAACAACGAACGGCGGCGCAAGUGAAGGGCAUGCGCUCGCUUCUCCUCCAGAGUCACGCGCAGACCCGAUGGCUGCCGCGCCCGAAAUCCUCCCAGCUCAGACGACGCCCGAGCUCGAAGACUACCGCCCACAUUCGGACAUGCAAGUGACGGCACCGGUGGUGACAGCAGCACGCCGUCGGUUCUUCAACAAGAUCAUCACCAACUGCGUCCUACAGCUCCUUAUGAUCGAGACUGUGGCCGAACUCUUCUCCAACGACUCGGUGUAUGCCCAGAUCCCUUCUUCGGAGCUCCUCCGGCUGAUGGCGCUCCUGAAGAAAUCGUACCAAUUCGCCAAAAAAUUCAACGGCGACAAGGACCUCCGCAUGGCGUUGUGGAGACAAGGCUUUAUGCGACAGCCGCCGAACCUGCUGAAGCAAGAAUCCGGCUCGGCCAACACCUAUGUUAGUAUCUUGUUACGCAUGUAUCACGAUGAAGGAGAGGAGCGAAGAGCGAGCCGAGAGCAGACCGAGGGUGCACUGAUUCCGCUGUGCGCCGACAUCAUCCGGUCUUUCGUCCUGCUCGACGAGGAGACGCAACAGCGCAACAUCAUCGCGUGGCGGCCCGUCGUCAUCGACGUGCUGGAAGGCCUCACCAACUUCCCCAAGGACAGCUUCGAGAAGCACGUCGACAUCUUCUACCCGCUGGCCGUCGGCCUGCUGGAGAAGGAAGUCAACGCCGACCUGCGCUCGGCGCUGUGGGGCAUGUUCCGCCGCGUCGGCGAGGUCAAGUUCAACAUGCCCGAGUUGAUCAUGGCGCGUGGUCGGGACGAUAGUGUCAGCUCCACCACGCGGAACGGCAGCAUCGGCGGUGCCACUCCGACGAGCCCCGGCACGUCUCAGUCUGGUCGUGGAUUCGAGUACGCGGCGAGCAGCAGGAGGGGUAGCAGGGUCAGCAGAACCGGUGCGGUAUAG